CAGGAAGUGUACCAAACUAAACUGCGUAUAGGGUGUGUAAACAGUAGUGUAGGCUUGUUGUGAGAAAGCAGAAUUAACAAACUAGAGAGAGCAAUCUUAAUAGCUAGCAGAGCAGAGACCAUCAUAAGUUAACUUUGCUGCAAGUACGUCGUUUGGCUCCUGACAGGGCGUGGUAAACCGUGAGCAUAUUUUAGCAUAGCUAAACGGGGGAGUUAACACUACGGCAGCUAUAGUCUAGCUAGCUAGUCUAGCUAAUUUCAGAUAAUUUACCCGCCGCGUAACGAUAAUAUCUGCCAAUUAACUGGCUUACAAAGUGAUUGUUCUUUUAAUAUAUCGAUAACAAUCUGAGAUAGCUAUUUUAACAUGAAAUAAUUAGCUAGUAGCUAGCGUUAAAGUUGGCUACAUCGACUUGAACUGGAGAAAUAUGCCGAGGUUUGGGGAUUUGUGCUCAUUUUUGGUGUCGACCUUGUGCCUGUGCCUUCUACUUGCUGAUUGUGUGAAAGGACAAUGCCAGGUACCUUUGGUGAAGACUGGCAUAGAAUUAACCGAUGAGAGCGCUGGAAUGGACACUUUUCCCGAAGGAUCAAGUGUUACGCUCCAGUGCGGUAAAGGAUAUUCAAAAACCAGUGGGAGUGGAAUUAUACAUUGCGCAAAUGGAGUAUGGACCGAUGAAACACUUCAAUGCCAAAAAAAAUCGUGUGGCUCACCUGGGGACUUGUUGAAUGGGAAAUUUACCACCCCAGACGGAACGGAGUUUGGUGCGACCGCUUAUGCUUCUUGUAACCGUGGCUUUGUCUUGCUUGGAACGGCCUAUAGGCAGUGUUAUGAUUUUGGUUGGAAUAAUCGCAUUCCUCUAUGUGAAGUUGUGAAAUGUGGAGAUCCUCCUAAAAUUGACAAUGGAACAAUCACCAGUCUUCCUUCCGGCGAAUUGUAUGUAUUCAGUGAAAUUGUAACCUACACCUGUGACAGAAACUUCAACUUUGUUGGAGACUCACAGCUUGUAUGUAAUGAAGAUGGUAAAUACAAUGGGACUGUCCCUGAGUGUAAAGGUUUGAACUGUCCGACUCCAAUAAUUGAGCAUGCUGAUCGGAUUGAAGGAGGUCCACCACCCUACAAGCUGAAAUACUUUGUAGUCUAUAAAUGCAGAGAUGGCUAUGAAAUGAAGGGCGAGAGGAAGCUAGUGUGUGAAGCAAACGGGUGGUCGUCUGACUUUCCAACUUGUGUUAAAGUUCCUUCAACAACGAAACCCACCACUACAAAGCCAGGUGUUCCAACACCACCACCAACAGGGAAACCCACCCCUCCAAAACCAGGUGUUCCAACACCACCAGCAACAGGGAAACCCACCCCUCCAAAACCAGGGAAAAAUGACACCGUCCCUCCUCAGUCAAGUACGGCCAGCCCCAAGCCAUCACAGGGCACAAAUUUGACGUGGCUGUGGGUUGUUCUUGGAAUACUAUUUGCUCUGGCACUGGCAGCAUGUGGAUGCUGGAAAUACAUUGGCAUGAAGAAAAAACGUGAAUACUACACAAGAGAAGAUGGACAGAUGGACAAGUUGAACCAUUAAGCUCCAAAGGCCAAACAAAUUGCCAUUGAAUUGUUGAAGUGCAAAGGAGCCGACUGGGUAUUUGUGAGCAUUGCCCCUGCAACAGCACCCUUUCUGGUGGAAGAGUGCCCCUUUCCCAUCCUCUGUCCCUGGCUGCCAUGUUGAGAGGAUUACUUGCUUAGCAAUUGGCCACAAAAAAACAAAACAAAAACAAAAAACACUGAAAGUGGUCUUUUUUUUAUGUUAAGAUGCCCCCCGCCCCCACAUAAUCUUAAAACGGAUCGGCCGUCAAAGCUUCAUUUCAGAAUGUAUAGCAUCCUUGGCCUUGACAUCACUAAGUCUUGCUAAUCUUUUAGGAUGAGUCCUGUGUAUUUGUAUAUGAAGAACCAAAAUUAAUAAUUGUGGAUUGUUGCUGAGAAUACUGAAUUUAUUGCACCACUCGCAAUUCUAUAUAUACUGAAUCACCACUUGAUUACACCAUUAUUCAUUAGACUUAUAUUGUGACUCAAUGUGUUGUAUGUUCAGAUAUGCUGUUCUGCACACUACUGUUUUAACGUGUGGCUAUUUGUCUUAGUAUCACCUUCCAGUCAGCUUGAACCAGUCUGGUCAAGCCAUUUUUGCCCACAGAUCUGCCACUCAGUGGAUGUUUUUUUGUUUUUUGCACCUUUCUCUGUAAAUUAGAAACUGUUGUGAAAAUCCCAGGAGAUCUGCAGUUUCUGAGAUCCUCAAACCACCCUGUCUGGCACCACAAUUAAGUCAAUUAGAUCACAUUUCUUCCCUAUUCUGAUGUUUUGUCUAAACAACAACAGAAUAUCUCUUGACCAAUGAUUGACUAAUUAGAUAUUUGCAUUAACGAGUUGGUGUGGAGGUCUAUUAAAGUGUUCACUGAGUGUAUAAUUUCCUUGGUCAAAUGCUCCCUUUAACAAACUUUCUGCCACUAGAUUCACUUAUAUUUAUUUGUUAUUAUGAUUAGUUCACUUGCAGCUGUGAGAUGUAAUUGCACUUCCCUUAAAGGUACAGUAGGUAAGAUUUUUGUGUUAACUUUGUUUCAAGACCAUUGUAAAUCCCUUCAUAUCAUUGAAAAAGCCUCACUGACAUGUUGACUCACCCUCUGCCUGUGUUUAUAAUACAUGUAUUUGGGUUUCAAAAUAUGCAGUUUAUGGGCCGGCAAUCUGUACCAAAACAUUGUAUAGCUGUACAAUAAUUUUCGCUCAUUGGUUAAAAAUUGGUUGUAAUUGCCACAGCCGAUGGCGUUUUAAAGUCAGCGUGUUCACAGAAGGGAUGGGAUAAACAGUGGUGUGGUUUGAGCCUGUUUGUUGCUGCAAUUCCUCUCUUGACUGUUAGAAGUCUGAAAUCACCUAUUGUGCCUUUAAGUAUGCUUUGUGUUAGCAUAACUUCUACUAGUUUUUUUUAUUUUAUUAGAUUUUUUUAUACUCGGCUAAGUGCCGUGUGGUGUGUAUUUAUUUUAUGACUUGACUGUUUUGAGUGAAUGUACACAUGUAAGAUUCAGCACCCCCUAAGUGUCCUCAUAUUGUUUCCUGAGAGGGAAAGCAACAGGAGUCCUUUGUACUGCCAUCAUUUUCAGAGAAGUAUAACGGUGACAUGAUGUUUAAAAAAUUAAACCCAUGUACCGUGUAUGCUUGUCUAGUCAUUGGGCCCACAAAGUUAGCAAAUGAUAACAAUUAGACAUAAUUGACUGUUGGUUUGGCUUGUGAACAGGACAGUUAUAAAUAAGUUAGAAAUAUUGUAGUGUAAGUGAUGUAAAUGUUAAAUAAACUAUUUUAGGCUUAUUGAAAAUAUUGUGUUUCUUUGUUUUAGUUUUUUUGAAUAAGUAGCAUAUAUGAAGUCAGUUUAUUUACCGUCUCUUCUAAUCAGUGGUAAUUUCAUAAUUGCUUUUACAAGACCAUGCUCUAUUGGUACACCAGGUAUUUUCUUUGGGGGGGAGGGAUUGUGUAUCUGGAGAAAGGAGCUGGGGGGGGGGGGAUUCCGUGAAGCAAGCUAACAGAGUUAGCUGGAUAACUGCUAUGUAAAACCCAGAACAGCUCUUUACUUUAGUCCCUGUUCCAGAUUUGGGAGGGGUCUAGCUUUUAUCGAGCAGCAGGGUGGCCUAGUGGUGGGUGUUCGGGGGUUGCUGGUUCGAGCCCCCGCAUAUAGGAAUGCUGACCUGCAUCUGGAGUGAUGAUUGUGCGUCUCUGACGUUAGCUGUAGUUACUGUUAACAGUGCUUGCCUGUUCUCUUCUGGUCUUGCAGGGGGAGGGCUUUGGCCCAAGCCAGUUCAAGCUUCCUAGCCUAUUAUCUGAUGUUUUGCUGCAGUGGAUUUCAUCUCCCUUCCUGUUUGCGAACUGCACUAGAUUUGUGUUGCUCAAUAACUGACCUUGUUAUUUGUACACUCUCUCUGUUUAUGAUUGUACAGCUCUCUUAAUAGCGUGUGUCUAUAUAUGUGUGUGCGUGAGCACAUAAACAGAAUAGCUGUGUGUAAAAUGAGGUUGCUUUAGAUUUUCAUUUUAUGUUGGUAUUUUGACAAACGGUAUCUGCCCUGUUAUGCAGGCCUCAAAAUCCUUGGUUGUUUGGUUGAAGUGAAAUGAGGGACCGUCGCCAGCCCAUGUCUUUGCCCAUUUGUGAUGUUAGGGGUGCAUCUGCCACCAAAGGGCAGUGCUGUUUCAUUGGGAUUAUUUUCUCACCUUUAAAUUGGCUGGAAACCUCCCAAAUCCAGGAGGAAAUGUCAAAGAAAAAGUGAUCAUUUUCUUUACCACUGUGUCCCUUGUCUGUUGUGUUAUGCUCAGUUUAACUAAUAAAUGUGUCUGCAUGUUCUCAGAAAUGCUA